AUGACACAAUCUUUGCCAACUACCACCACCGUCAAGGGGCCGAACGGCCUGUUGAACGUUGUUCUUGGAGAGGCAACUCCUGAGCAACGCUUCCCAUGGUGCGAAAUCGUCACCGCCGCUUUCGCACCGUCCUUCCCGGCCUCGGCUUUCGAGGGACAUGAGGAGUAUCUCUCGCAGCACCCGCUGACCAUCAACCAAGGAACUCGUUUCUGGUGCGUAUCCCUGGCAGAAGACCCUAAGGUUUUGCUCGCAGUGGCCAAGACGGUCCGUCGGCGGUUCCUUGUCCGAGAUAGCGAGUCUGUGCGUGAAGAGGAUGGCUACUGCGUCGGCUACGUCGGUACCCAUCCUGACUAUAGACGGCUGGGCCUUGCCUCGCUGCUCAUCAAACACAUUGCGGGAUGGCUGGAUGGACCAGCUGACGCGGCGGCGAGCAUGCUGUAUACCAGCGUUGGUGAUUUCUAUGUCAGCCAAGGCUGGGAGAUGAUACCCUCGAUGGUAUCGAAUUUAACACAUCCCUCUGGCGAAUUCCAGCCAGGGGAUCGCGCAGGCCUCCCCGGCACCCGUCUCAUAACCGACGAGGAGAUUCCAGCGCUGAGCGUGCGCGACGUAGCAGACUUGAAGGAAAGCUUCGACAAGUUGGCAGUUGAGCCAGACGAAGUGCAUGCCGCUGUUCUCCCAUCGGCGGAAAUGGUCACCUGGUUGCACCAAUGGGGCGAUUACCUCAAUAACAAGCUACGCGGUGGUGAAGCACCCUAUGCGCAUGGGGCCAUCUGCGAAGCUGCUGACACUUGGAUAUACUGGCAUUACGGCUUCAAGCAUCUGGCAAUAGACAGGGUGGCUGGCCGGGGCUCCCCCGAAGUGCUGGCUGCUUUGUUGCUGGAUGCUUUGGAGGAAGCCCGCAGGUGGAAGUUCCCAAAGGUUGUGAUCUGGGAACCAAGUCCUGAACUGAUUCGUGCGAUGAACCUCAUAUCGAACAAGGUUGGUGUUGAGGUGGAAACUAUGACGAGGCCGAACAGUAUUACUUCGUUAAGAUGGAGGAAUUCAGAUAAGACGAAGAAGACGAUUCUUCACUUGAAUGAGACAUAUGCGUCGUGUUGA